UCAGGUGACUUGGGUCACGCAGUUUCUCUCCUCUGGGAGGGACUGUGGGGCCUUGGCUGACUUUCCUUUGACAACUGCGACGAGGAGGAAGAACAAGACGCGGAGGGAGGGGGGAAAAAAGAAAGGAAAGGAGUUUGGAUCGAAGUCUGAGGGAGGCCCCCCCACCCCACCCCCGACAAAUUUAAGGAGGGACAGCUUCAGGGCUGGCGCGGGAAAUCUGCUUUUUGCGAAGAGACAACCCGGGGCGGGAGCAGAAUGAGCCAGGUGCUGGGAAAGCCGAAGGAUCAGGAAGAGGACGAGGGAGACGAAGAGGAAGAGGAGGAGGAGGAGGAAGAUGAGGAAGAAGAAGAGGACGAGGACGAAGAAGAAGAUGAAAUCGUUGGGCUGGCAGAUUACGGAGACGGGACUGAGUCCUUCUCGGAUGGAGACCGAGAAAACGGCAGGGACGGGGCGUUUCUAGACUUCAACGAUCCGUUUAAUACUGAAGUCAAGCCAAGAAUCCUGCUCAUGGGACUGAGAAGAAGUGGGAAAUCUUCCAUUCAGAAAGUCGUCUUUCAUAAAAUGUCACCAAACGAAACCCUUUUCUUGGAGAGCACUAACAAGAUCUGCAGAGAAGAUGUUUCCAACAGCUCCUUUGUUAAUUUUCAGAUAUGGGACUUUCCUGGGCAAAUUGACUUCUUCGAUCCUACAUUUGACUAUGAGAUGAUUUUCCGAGGCACUGGAGCACUGAUAUUUGUUAUUGAUUCUCAGGAUGACUACAUGGAAGCAUUGGCAAGACUCCAUCUCACUGUUACAAGAGCGUAUAAAGUUAAUCCAGAUAUAAACUUUGAAAUAUUUAUUCACAAAGUAGAUGGCUUAUCUGAUGAUCACAAGAUUGAAACACAAAGAGACAUUCACCAGAGGGCAAAUGAUGAUCUUGCAGAUGCUGGGUUGGAAAAAAUUCACUUGAGCUUUUAUUUAACAAGUAUAUAUGACCAUUCUAUAUUUGAAGCAUUCAGCAAAGUGGUACAGAAAUUGAUCCCUCAGCUGCCAACACUGGAGAACCUGCUGAACAUCUUUAUCUCGAAUUCUGGUAUUGAGAAAGCCUUUCUCUUUGAUGUCGUCAGUAAAAUUUAUAUUGCAACGGACAGUACCCCAGUGGACAUGCAGACAUAUGAACUCAGCUGUGACAUGAUAGAUGUCGUCAUUGACAUUUCCUGCAUCUAUGGACUCAAAGAAGAUGGCACUGGAACCCCUUAUGACAAAGAAUCAACAGCAAUAAUAAAAUUGAACAACACAACUGUUCUUUAUUUAAAGGAGGUGACAAAGUUCCUUGCCCUUGUUUGCUUUGUCAGAGAAGAGAGCUUUGAGAGAAAAGGACUAAUAGACUACAAUUUCCACUGUUUUCGUAAGGCCAUACAUGAAGUGUUUGAAGUGAGAAUGAAAGUUGUGAAAGCACGGAAGAACCAGAACCAAAUGCAGAAGACCAAGAGGGCUACUCCUAAUGGCACGCCUAGAAUGCCAUUGUAAAAUGAACUUCUUUAUGCCACUGUUGACAUGUAAGGCAUCUUAGUACAUGCCAGGAUGUUAUCAAGUUCCAUGGCUGGAAGAUUAAUGGAACUGCUGUAUCACGAAUAUGGAUUUUUCCACACUAGCCUCCUUCCAAAACACUGUUUAUCUCUUUCAGUUGUUCAUAUUAAGAUAUCUAUGACAAAACUAUUUUGCACUUUUGUCUUGUUUCAUGGCAGAAAUGAACUUUUGAUAAACCAAGUUGUAUUUUAUUUAAAAUGCCACCUUUUUGUGUGGUCUUGAAUAGAAUAUGUGCCGUAGUUUCUCUACAUGCUGCAAACAAGUGAGUAAACAAUCAAGAAAGUAAGAUGACUUCUUACAUAGUUGUGAGUGUAAUAUUCAUGCCCAAUAUAAUAUAAUCAAGCUCAUAAACUCGGUUUUUAUUUUGGAGCACAGUAGCAAUAAAAUAAUUCUUGGGAGUCCAUAUUGGUACAUGAAACAUUCUCUAAAAAGGGGGAGGUGGGAGGUUGAGGGCUAAAUGUUUCCCAGGUUUGUCCAUAAAUUUUGGUAAGCUCUUUCCUUAUACGAUUACCUCUACAUAAAAGUAACUUUAUAUAAAGAGACUUAUUUUGCUA